UUCUAAAAUCUCAACUCUGUGUAGUACCCCGAAUAGUUUCAUUCAAUAAAACCAUGUCAAAACUAGGUGAUGAUGAGUUGGCCUUAAUUAUCAGCUGGGUUAUUGAUCAGAAUGACAGACAAUCAUUCUCUCUAGUAUGCAAGCAAUGGCUUAGUGUAGAAGGCCAGGCUCGUUUAUCAAUUCGCGUUUUUGAACCCGAACUACUCCAUAAAUUCUUGCCCAGAUUCCCAAAUUUGUUAACUUUUGAGUCUUCAAAACGAAUCACCAACAACCACCUUGAAUUCAUAGCCAAUACAUGUCCUAAACUUGAGUUUCUCAAUCUCAAGCAACAAUCAGCUGAAAGCCAAAAACUUGAUGGGUUUGAUGACUUAUUAGAUUUUGAUGAUGUUGGUGUUUUAGCUAUUGCGAAUGGCUGUUGCAAAUUAUGUAAAGUGUUGUUUAGAAGGAGAAGGAGGGUUGGGAAUGUUGGGGUUAUUAGUCUUGUCAAGUGUGCACAAAGUUUGAGUGUUUUAGAUUUGGGGCGGUGUAGUUUGAUAAACGAUUCAUCACUUGAAGCAAUUGGGUGUAUGAAUUCAAUUCGGGCUUUGAAUUUAGAAGGUUGUUCUUUAGUUACUGAUAAAGGUUUGAACUUUUUGGCAACCGGGUCUUCUUCAAGGACAUUAAAGAGGUUGGUUCUUGCAGAAUGUGAUAGACUUACUGAUUUCGGGGUGUCAUUGUUGCAGGGGAUGUGUUGUUUGGAGGAGUUGAAUUUGGCUGAAUGUGGGCCAAAAGUGACAGAUAAUGGAGGUACGGCAGUUGCCUCGAUUGCUAGUCUUAAAAGAAUGAAUCUUUCAUGGUUGAUCAAUGUGUCAGAUAUUACACUUGUUGCAAUAGCUGGGAAUUGUAGGAAUUUGGUAGCUCUUGAUUUAACUGGGUGUGAGAUGAUUACUGGAGCUGGCAUUCGUGCCCUUGGUUAUCAUGAGUGUUUGGAAUCAUUAGUGUUGGCUUCUUGUUACACCAUUUGUGGGGAUGAUGUGGAUAUGGUGUUGAAAUGCAAGUCAUUGAGGUCUAUUGUGCUUGAUAAAGGAUUGAAGAUGUGGGUACCAAUGAGGAUGCAGGAAAACAUUAGCAGGUUUUGUCAGCUGCAUUGGAGAUAACGAUGAUGGAUAAAAAGAGGGCAAAAAAUGUUUAUGCUGGAUACCUGGGAUUAUACAGUUUCUGUGGAGACCAGAGAAGGGGAGAAAAAAAAAAGUUUCUGUAUUUCCAUAGGUAGAAAGAUUCUUUAACCUGCAAGAGUGUGUUUAUUUCGUUUUCUAUAGUAACUUGUUUACAUUGAUGAAAUUUAUCCCUGCUUCUUUAGUUAUUAAUAGUUGGUUUCCUAUUAAUCCGUGAAGUCAAAUUUGACGGACGAAAUCAAGGUUGAGCUAGAAAGUUGUUCAGGGCAUACAGAUAGUAGCACUAAGACGUUGAUGAUCGUCAUUACUCUAUCUGGGAAGAUAAGAAUUAAUGUCGGUGUGUCAAGUUUUUAUCCCAUAAGUUUAAGGAGCUCUUUAUCCUUUACCAUCAGAGGCAGACGAUCUGUUGUUUUACACUCCGCAUAAAAACCGGUGUCCUUCCCAAUGCUGCCUUGUCGUAACUGAAUUAAUAGCAGCUUGUAUUCUUUUCAAACAACCAAAUUUUGGGGGUACAUUGAUAUGGAUUUUGGCUCACCACGCUGCCAAAGGAAGACAAAGCAUCAGCCCUCUAUGAGGUCAUUUUCUACAAAACUAGAACUGUUUUAGAUGAGAUGGAAAAAAAACAUCUCAAGGUAGUUCCUGCUGCUCGCGAUUCACUUUAUUUGCUGUGUGACUUAUGGGCAUCCCUGCAAAGUGAUUCUCUUAUAAUCAUUAUUACCUUUAAGGCUUGGGAUGACUCCAUUCAACUCUACAAAGACAAGAAGAAUUAACUGAUCUCUAUUUACUAUGUGAAGCUCAUCAACAGAGUAACAGAGCUUCAUACAUGUGUUGUCAAGUUUGUUUGUUGAAUGUGUGGAGGAUAGUCGAAAUUAUGGAUAGAAGGGCUGUGAACUUUGUGAUUGAUCUAGAUAAUGGAAUAAUGUACACCAGAGACUUCUUGGCUGUCAAAUUUACAGUCUGAUCACUAUCUGGAGCUAUACGCGAAGGAGAAGCUAAGCAACAGUUGAACUGAAGCUCCAAGGGCAAUGAAUACGUGGUUUCUGCACUGAGUUUACAAACUUCUUUGCUAGAUAACUUCAGACAGUAAAUAUGGUCAAUACACAUCCGUGUUUGUUAAUCACUCUUUUCAAUUGCUCUAGUGUCGGCUUUUUUGUUCCAUAGGAGCAAUCCGAGGGUAGUCAAGUGUCUCAGAUUGAGAGUCGAUGAUUCUGGAAACCGUUCGAUUUGGUCUAAUGAUGCAAGUGCAGGAAUCAAAUCCUGCAAUAAAAAGUAACAUUUGAAA